UAUUUAUUACCCUCACGAUGUUUUACAUUGCAUAAGUGCAUUGAAGGAUCGGUACCAAAUUUUAUGCUUUCUCCCAUUCGAAAACUGGAAUUGCUAUAUAACGAGCUCAGAAAGUAAUUGUAUCCAUCGUCAUGGAUGAAUGAACAACUUCCCUUUGCUCCCCCCCCCCCCCUCCCCCGGCCAAGUCUACACCAAAGCUGAAAUACCCUUUUCUCUUCAACACCACACCACAGUUCUUAGCGUAAAAAGAACUGGCACGUUUCCAAGUUUCCAUUUUCCCAAUAAAAAAGGGAAAGACAAAAUUCCGGUCACAUUCACAAGGAUCUUGGUCCUUCCAUUUAUGUCCGCAAUGUCUGAACCGUUCACAAUCUCACUUCAGGAUUAAGAGGUCGGGAAUCUAAAUUUCAGUCCUCAGAUUUGAGAACGUCUGGGCUAACACAUCAGUUCAUUGUUCAGCCGGUGCUACUACCAAUUGUGCUAUCUUUUGGAUGAGAUAUUAAAAUGCGUUUUCAGGUAAAAUCUCCAACGUCAGAAAGUGACGACUGCAGAUGCUGGAGAUCAGAGUGGAGAGCACGGUGCUGGAAAAGCACAGCAGGUCAGGCAGCAUCCGAGGGGCAGGAGAAUCGACGUUCCGGGCAUAUUCAUCAGGGCUUCCUCGACACAAGAUCCAACAGCACUGCUGCAGAAGCAAGGAUUUCUCAAAAGGCUAUGGGAUUGCUGACUGUCUUGGAACCAGGGGAAAGACCCCAAAUAGCAACAUGGUAUACUCUUGUACCAAGAGGGGAGUGUCCAGAUGUUCGAGUUGGUCAUACUCUCACAUUUGUACCAGAUACCUCUGAGGAAGGGAAGGUCAUUAUAGUUGGAGGAGCAAAUCCUAAUGGAAGUUUUUCUGAUGCCCAUGUAUUAGAUCUGGGCAGACUUGAGUGGGAUGUACCAGAGUGGAAGGGAUUACUUCCACGAUAUGAGCACUCCAGCUUUAUUUCAGCGAGCAAACCUGGUGACCUCUGGCUGUUUGGCGGAGCAGAUGAAUGUUCAAACAGGAACUGUGUUCAAGUUUUGAAUUUCGAAACAGGUUUGUGGAGAAGUCCAACAAUAAAUGGCACACCACCAACACCCCGGACAUGUCAUGGCUCUACUGCAGCUAUUGGAGAUUGCCUUUAUGUAUUUGGUGGUGGAGACAAAGGAGCAGAACCUGUACAAGAUACACAACUCUAUAUGUUUGAUAAAGCCACACUUAGCUGGUCACAGCAAUCAACAGAAGGAAACCCACCAGCUCCAAGACAUGGCCAUGUGAUGAUUGCUGUAGGUAGCAAAUUGUUUAUCCAUGGAGGAUUAUCUGGAGACACAUUUUUUAAUGAUAUGCAUGUAAUUGAUACAGCUGCAGUUAACAUGAGAUGGAAGAAAAUAAAAAUGAAGGGUAAUAUCCCAAAAGGCUGUGCAGCUCAUUCUGCAAUUUAUCAUGGAAAGUACAUCUUCAUCUUUGGUGGUAUGGAUGUCACAGGAGCUUUGAAUACCAUGUAUAAAUAUCAUAUUGAAACAAGCUGUUGGACACUCUUGGAAUUUGGUCCCUUGCUACCAGCAGGACGGCUGGAUCAUGCUAUGAGUGUGAUACCCUGGAAAAUAAGGAAAGAAAAUGAAGCCUCCAUUCCUGCUGAAAAAAAUAGUGAUGAGCAAUCACCUAAGGGGAACACAUGUGAGAAAUCUAGCCAGCAAAGCAAGGCUGAUGAAAAUCUUGUACCAAGGAAUUGUUCAAUAGUUCAAAAUCAAACAAUGAACAUUGUGCAUCUAUGUUUGGUUUUUGGUGGAAUGGACACUCAAGGAGAAAUUUAUAAUGACUGUUUUGUCACACUAGUUGAUGGUUAUUAACUGUACUUAUUCCCUUAGUAUAGUUACCACUCAUUUACAAAACUUCCACGUGAACAUACUUAGAAAUCAUGUUACCAUAACAAAAAGUGUGGAUGCUAGAAGUGCUUUGGACUGGCAGCAUGUGGUAAAUACCACUGUCUCCAGCAAAGCCAGGAGUUUCCAGUCUCUUUUAAACUCUCUUAAACCUUAGAUGUUUAUACUGUCCAAUAUUGUAAUGUUGUUCACCUCUGAACUUUUCCUUAACCACUUACUGAGAUGUUGAAAUUAUUUUCAGCCUUACUGAGACUGGGAUAAUGUGAACAGGACAAGCAUACAAAAUAUAUCCUGCAUUGUUAAAUUCUAAUUUAUUUGGCAUGAUUCAAAGUGCAUGAAGGAAUGUAGUUAAAGAGGAGGGGGUGUUAAAAAAGGUUAAAAUUUUAGAUUUGAUCAUAAAUAUAUCAUAUCCAAAGAUCAGCAGUAAGGCAGCUCUUUCCUCAAUGACCAAGGGCAACAUCUGAUUUCAACGACACCCUGAACCAUGCCUGUAACCUUCAUCCACACUACUGAUACCAACUCGUGCAUUCUAUUUAAAAUGUGAUUAAAUUUAGCACAAGAUUACAACUUGUUUAAUUCAUGCACAAGGGCUAAUAUGAAAUGCUAUCUGAAUGUGGAAUUCCAGAGACAUUGUGUAGGUAUAAAAUUAGUCUUCACAGGGGUAGUACAGGCAUUUUAUUGAAAUUUCAAUGCUUGUUUCUUACAGAAUUGUACAUCUUUAAAAAAAUAAAGUUGAAAUCAAUUGAACUUGGAA